AUGAAGGUAUCCCCUGUCCCAGAAGGCUUUCUUGGUAUCCCCAUCCCAGAAGGUUUUCUUGGUAUCCCCCGUCCCAGAAGGCUUUCUUGGUAUCCCCAUCCCAGAAUGGCUUUCUUGGUAUCCCCGUCCCAGAAGGCUUUUUUGGUAUCCCCAUCCCAGAAGGUUUUCUUGGUAUCCCCGUCCCAGAAGGCUUUCUUGGUAUCCCCGUCCCAGAAUGGCUUUCUUGGUAUCCCCGUCCCAGAAGGCUUUCUUGGUAUCCCCGUCCCAGAAGGCUUUCUUGGUAUCCCCGUCCCAGAAGGCUUUCUUGGUAUCCCCGUCCCAGAAGGCUUUCUUGGUAUCCCCGUCCCAGAAGGCUUUCUUGGUAUCCACGUCCUCCUUCAAUCAUUAUCAUCAUCUUGUAAAACACAUCCGACCAAAGAAUUGCAAACGUCAAGUAUGCCAACAUGUCAUAAUAUUUGUCAUUCCAAGGCUGCCUUCGGAAGCAUGGAAGUUGCAGACCUCGCAUCCCAUCAUAGGAACUCUGUAAAUAUUGUAACCUCUGCACCUAAAAACCUCUUGCUCGAAAGAGUUCGAGGCUGUCUUUUUCUCCAGUGUCUGGCAACAUUUCUUUUUUGGCAGUUUUUAUCUUCAUUCUGUUGCUAA